AUGGAUGCUGUAAAGAUAGAGAAGCUGCAAGCCAUGAGAAGGCACAGCAAGAACCGCUUCCUGAUAAACCUUUGCCAGUACUUGCUCUUCCUUCUGUGCUUCGGUCUGUUCCUCUCCAGCCCGCUGUGGCUCCCCAAAGUCAUCGUCUUCCUCUGGCGUUUCUUCUUCCUCCACCUACCCACCAUGGGGGAGCGCCUUCUCUGCCCCAAGUGCCUCUUCUUGCUCGGUAACCUCAUCGUCGUCUUCCUCGUCGGUGACUCGAAGCUCUCCGGAAGGCCUCCCCGGCCCGGCCUCUACGAGGAGUACGUUGACCGGAGCGAGGCCCUCAGAAGGCCUGCUUCGAUCUCAGAUACCCUCAAGGGGGAAGAGCCAUCGGAGCCAUAUAUGGAAGAACAAGAAGGGAGAGAGUAUCGUUGGGGAGAAGAGGAGGAAGAAGAACCAGAGGAAGAAGAGGAAGAAGAAGAGGAAGAAGAGAAGAACGCGUUGCCGGCGGAAGAACUGAACAAAAGAGUCGAAGAUUUCAUAGCCCGAGUCAACAGCCAGAGAUCGCUCGAGGCGAGGUUGAUCGCCCGCAGAGCCUGA